GAAUUCUCUCUAGGAAUGGGUCUUCUCACCAUCAUUAGAAAAAUCAAAAAGAAGGAAAAGGAAAUGCGAAUUCUUAUGGUUGGGUUGGACAAUUCUGGAAAAACUACAAUCGUUUUGAAGAUUAAUGGGGAGGACACUAGUGUCAUUAGUCCUACCCUUGGCUUCAACAUCAAAACCAUCGCCUACCAAAAGUACACUCUAAAUAUAUGGGAUGUUGGAGGCCAAAAAACAAUUCGAUCUUACUGGAGAAACUACUUUGAGCAAACAGAUGGUUUAGUUUGGGUAGUUGACAGUUCAGAUCUUAGAAGGUUGGAUGAUUGCAAAAUGGAGCUAGAUAACCUUCUAAAGGAAGAGAGACUAUCUGGAGCAUCCUUACUAAUUCUAGCAAAUAAACAAGAUAUUAAAGGUGCCCUUGCACCCGAUGAAAUAGCUAAGGUAAGCUUAAUUUUAUCCGGGUCUUUUUCUCUUACCUAAGUAACAUUGUAGGGAUUAUGACUAAAAAAAUACAUCAUGGUAUGCUGAGAAUUGACU